UCAGGAAAAUUAGAGCGCGUUGCAGUUCAAAAACUAAAAGUGAACACUGAAAGGUUUCCAGUCUUGUGGAUCCAUUCUAACCAGUUUAUUGAGGUUCGUCCAAACUAUGGUUGACAGUUUAUCCCUCACUGCUGCGGACUUACAAAGCUGGAUGAGUGACUAUGCUUCACCUCUUCUCAGCCAAGUCUAAUCCACAAAUCCUUAUCAGGGUCACUGAGACUCUAUGACACAGGCAGACUCAAUGCUUGUAGGUGUCUGGCAGCAUGUUAUUAUUAUUAGCAUCUGAUAACUGAUGCUAUAAAUCUUCUUCUGCGGUGAGAGGCCAGAUUCCAGAUCCUAAAAGAAAACUACAGGAGGGGCAAAGCUAAAUGUGCUUUACGUCACAUUAACAGGAGGAAAAGAUCUGCUGCCAUGACCACCCCAGCAACCCAUCACCACCUCACUGUGGCGCCUCACCCUGCAAAGCGAAUCCCCUCUGACAGCAGAGAGGACGAGAUACCUGCACUUCAACCAAACCCUCACUGUCUGCUCAACGUGAACAACAGCAACAACAGCGAGGAAAAGAAGGAGAAUGAGGAAAAGGAAAAAGAAAAAGAAGAGGAAGAAGAAGAAGAGCAGGAAGAAGACAAAGAGGAAGUAAAUGAAAAGGAAAAGGAAAAAGAUGAAGAAAAGGAAAAGGAAGAGGAAAAAGAAAAAGAAGAGGAAAAAGAAAAAGAAAAAGAAAAAGAAAAAGAAAAAGAAAAAGAAAAAGAAAAAGAAAAAGAAAAAGAAAAAGAUAAAGAAAAACCCAAAGAAUUCUUUGUCAUUAAUCCUGCUGGGAAUCUCUAUUACCAUUGGCUGUUAAUCAUCACCCUGCCAGUCAUGUACAACUGGGUGACGAUCAUAGCCAGGGCUUGCUUUGAGGAGCUGCAGGACAACUACUUCAUGUACUGGAUUGUUUUGGACUACACCUCCGACCUGGUCUACCUGGCUGAUAUGUUCUUCAGGCUCAGAACAGGGUACCUGGAACAAGGUCUAUUGGUGAAAGAUGAGAAGCUGCUGCGGGAUCGCUACAUCAGCAGCUUCCAGUUUCGCCUCGAUGUUGUCUCCAUGCUGCCCACAGACGUCUUCUAUAUCGUCCUGGGCCUCAACUACCCGGAGAUCCGCAUCAACAAGCUGCUGAGAAUCGGGCGCAUGUUGGAGUUCUUCACGAGGACAGAGACCAAAACCAAUUACCCCAACAUCUUCCGCAUCGGGAACUUGAUCAUGUACAUCCUCAUUAUCAUCCACUGGAACGCCUGUUUCUACUUCUCCUUCUCCAAGUAUAUUGGUUUUGGGGCCGACGACUGGGUUUACCCGGCUCUGGAUGAUCCAGAGCAGCCUGCGUUUGGACUGCCCAUGAGGAAGUAUGCAUUCAGCCUCUACUGGUCCACAAUGACCCUGACCACCAUCGGAGAAAUGCCACCACCAGCUGUGGAUUCAGAGUUUUUCUUCCAUGUGGCCGACUUCUUAGUUGGAGUCUUGAUUUUUGCCACAAUUGUAGGAAACAUCGCCACCAUGAUCUCCAACAUGAACGCUGCCCAAGCCCAGUUUCAGUCCCGAAUCGACAACAUCAAGCAAUAUAUGCGGGUUCGAAAAGUCAGCUCGGAGCUCGAGCUGCGAGUCAUCAAGUGGUUUGACUAUCUGUGGAACAAUGGUAAGGCGCAGGAUGAAAAUGAGGUGCUGCGGUACCUCCCAGACAAACUAAAGGCUGAAAUUGCCAUCCAGGUCCACAUGGCGACGCUAAAAAAGGUUCGUAUUUUUGCCGACUGCGAGGCUGGCCUGCUCAUCGAGCUGGUGCUCAAGCUGCGGCCUCAAGUCUUCAGCCCCGGAGACUAUAUCUGCAAGAAGGGCGACAUUGGGCGCGAGAUGUAUAUCAUCAAAGAUGGGAAACUGGCAGUCGUUGCGGACGAUGGCGUCACGCAGUUUGUUGUCUUGGGAAGUGGCAGCUAUUUCGGUGAGAUCAGCAUCCUCAAUAUCAAAGGCAGCAAAGCAGGGAACAGGCGGACAGCCAAUAUCCGCAGCAUCGGAUACUCAGACCUCUUCUGCCUAUCCAAGGACGACCUGAUGGAGUCUCUGACCGAGUAUCCGGAUGCUAAAGGCAUGCUGGAAGACAAAGGCCGGCAGAUCCUCCUGAAAGACAAUUUGAUCGAGCUGGACCCCGCUAACAUUUUGCCUGAGGUGCAAGAGCUGGAGGAGCAGGUCAACAGAUUGUAUAGCACUAUGGAUUUGAUGCAGACAAAGCUGAAAAAGAUUCUGGGAAAUUACAAGAGCGCAGAUAAAGCUCUGAGAUACCGCAUCACAGACCUGGAGCGCCUGACGGGAGAGGAGGUAGAGGACGAGGAUGACGAGGAAGAGGAUGUAAGAGAGGACGAGAAGGCAGUGACAGGGGAGACGAAGGAAGAGGAAAAAGCAGAAGAGGAGGAGAAAAAGGAAGACGAACAAAAAGGUGAAGAGGAAAAAACAGAGGAAACUAAAGAUGAAGAUGGAAAGAGUGAUGAGGCAAAAGAAGAGUGAUAAAGCCUCUACAGCAGAGAAAUAAUAAUCCACAACUCUUAAAAAAAUAUAUUAUGUAGCCACAAAAAAUUAUUUCUUACUGAAUUUGCUACUUGAGACUGAUCAUUAAAACAAACUCUAGAGAUGAACGGGAAACUUGCUGGGACUUAAAGUGCUUUUUCAUUGAAUGCAUAUGUACAUUGUGAAAUUAAAGUAUUGCCAAUGACAAUACUGACAUUGAGUUCAAAUAAAGUUUUGUCGUCAUUUGUCCUUUAUGUUGAACAUAGAUUUCCACAAGUUGUGUGCUGACAAAGCUACUGCUGUUCCCAGGCCUGCAGUAAUCACUGCUGGCCACACGGGGAUAGUAAAGGAUUAGCAGGUAAACACAUGACACACAGUCACUCUGCAGCGUGUGUUAUGAGUCAUGGAAGCCUUGAAAGAACUUCAGAGGCUCUGUGGCUGCUGCACAAUCUGAAAAUAACCAAAUCAAUAACCAAUCACGCAAUUGUAAUGGGGUGAAAAAAGAAGAUUGAAGGAUAAAAGCUAGAAAAGUAAAAAACUUGGGGGUAAGUGAGUAGGGAGGUGGUCAGCUUGAAUUUGAUCUUAG